UUAGAGUAACACAUCCCUAGAUAGAUGACCCGCCAGCCUCCAGGCAACGAGAAGAAUCUCUUUCAUUGGGAAGAGAGGGAUAGAUACUCUCCUUAUCCUCUAUCCUCUAUCCUCUUACCAUCACCCCCAUACACCUACACAUCCACACAUCCACACAGCAACACCCAUCAACACAAGUACAAACUCGAAACCCAAGAAAAUGCACCACUCCAUCCUCUCCAUCCCCCUCCUCCUCACCACCUUAACCCUCACCCCAUUCACCACCGCCAUCCCCCUCUCCAACACCGACACCCCAUCUCCCUCCAACACCAACUCCAACAGCAAUACGAACACCAACACCGCCCCCACCCCCUCCUCAACCCUCACCACCCCCGAGGCCCUCGAAUCCGCCAUCAGCAAAAUCAUCGUCCAAGAAACUCUCGCCGACUACAGCAACAACACCUGUCCGCCCUCCCACCGCUCCAAACAAUGCUGCGAAUCGAUCGAUAAUAUCGCUGAUCAGGUCACGGGGGGUCUGGGAGAACUGGUCCCCUGGAUUGAGGGCAUCGAAGUGUCGAGUGUGUUGGGGUUGGAUUGUUACGCCAUGGCCGACUCCACCCCCAACUCGCAAUGUCUACAUCAGGUCAUGUGCUGUGAUGGGAAACCGAGCGACACAGACCAACCCACCACGCAAUCCUCACAAGCAGUGACCUCAUCCUGCGAAUCCUGGGACAUCGCGAUGAAAAAUAAACAGCAGGCCAUUGAUGAGAGUAUGGCACGGGAAGCGGCCAUGAUGGAUGCCGCGAGUAGUUUUUCCGCGGCUGCGGUGGCGGCGGCUACUCCUGUUGGUGUUGCUUCGGGUUCGGGUUCGACUGCUGCGUCGGCGAGUGCGAGUGCGAGUUCUGGGGUUUUGGAGAGACGGUGGAGGUGAUUAUCUUUAUUGUGAGACAUAAGGUAUAGGGUUGGGGAUUGGGUGUGUUCGUUACUGGGAAUGCGCAGGGUAUUGGAUUAGGGUUAAAUGGUGAAGGGGAGGUUGAAUGUCAUGUAUUGCAUUAAUAUGUGAGUUGAACUCGGAUAUCGAUAUCG